UCGCACGGCUCUACUACUAGCUACUAACGCCUCGCUCAGGGCGUCAGUCUCCCACGGGGCCGAGCUUUUUGCCCGUUUACCCUUCCUCCAAAUCACGAUCUAUCACCCAGAUGCCAUCCCUCGCACAAUUCAAUUCCAUGGCAAAACCCCUACCUCUGCUCUGCCGCUCUCUAAAGCCAUCGAUUUCUCGCUCCCCUGGCUCUCACCCCAAGAUACCCCCUUCGCCUUCUCUCCUCCCAUGCCUCGGGAGGCCCCUUCGAAGCCUGAGCAACGACGCGGCGCCCGUCGUGGUCGCCGGCAACGACAAGUACGGGAAGAAGCAGGUCGUCAGCGUCACCCCUCAGCUCUAUGAUUUCAUCUUGUCCAAUGUUCGUGAGCCCCCGAUCCUUCGUGAGCUUCGUGAAGAAACGGCAGCCAUGAGAGGGAGCCAGAUGCAGGUAUCUCCUGAUCAGGCCCAACUGCUUGCAAUGCUUGUACAGAUUCUUGGGGCACAAAGGUGCAUUGAAGUUGGUGUAUAUACAGGAUACUCCUCUUUAGCUAUUGCACUAGUUCUUCCUGAAUCAGGCCGUUUGGUUGCAUGCGAAAGAGAUGCCAAAUGUCUUGAAAUUGCCAAGAAGUAUUAUGAGCGGGCUGGUGUCUCUCACAAGGUGGAUGUAAAGCAUGCCCUAGCAGUGGAUUCUUUAAAAGCUUUAAUUCUGAAUGGUGAAGCUUGCAGCUAUGAUUUUGCAUUUGUUGAUGCUGAAAAGCGAAUGUACAACGAAUAUUUUGAGUUACUAUUGCAACUGGUGAGGGUUGGAGGGCUUAUUGUCAUUGAUAAUGUUCUUUGGCAUGGCAAAGUUGCAGAUCCCCAAGUAAAUGACCCAAAGACCAUCAGUAUACGAAAUUUUAAUAAGAAAAUUCUUGAGGACGAGCGCAUUAGCAUUUGUAUGGUGCCAAUUGGGGAUGGCAUGACAAUAUGCCGCAAAAGAGCACAAGGUUGAAUCCUGUAUGAGGUUUCAAGGUCCUUUGAGAUCCUGCUGCUUUCAUUCAUGAGCUGAGACAGCUGAGACCUUUGCUUUGAGGCACUUGAUGAAAUUCUUUCAAGACCUGACGAUUUACAAUCAGCCUCCUGGAGCAAAUUCGCAGUGAAAGGGCCAGGACCCAUCACCUGGACUGUAGAAGCAUCUCUUGUUGGUAAAUGAACUGCUGCACGUAUUGGUCCAAUUCUUCAUUUUUAAAGAGAAAGGGAGGGGUUCCCACCCUGUACAAAGUACAUAGCCUUAUACACUUUGGGAUCCUCCACCCCAAACUCCAAUCCAACACCUCCUUGUCAUAGGGAGUGUGCGACCAUUUUGGCAAUGACUUGUUCACUUGCCGAAUGUAUUCUUUUCAAAGAGUAAUUUUGUAGUUUGGCUAUUACCCAGAGGCAUCACAUAUGGAUAUAAGAAUUGUGGGUCCCUGAAUUACUUCUGUUAAUUGGAAGCAAUUAUGCAAGUGUUUGUGGGUUAAUUGAUUUCA